UGGAGCUUCAGUCUUCACUCUUCUGUCACGUAGAAACUUUAUGAAGUUAAAAGUCGACUUGAGCCGGCUGAGAUCUAGGUAUAGGCUAUGUUUUGGUUCAUAGACAAGAAUGAUUAAAAUUGUGUUUUGACUGUGUUGCAGUGGUUUACUGUUGAUAUCAAGCGUAAAGUGCAUGAUUAAUAAAAUUCGAGAUUUUGAAUAUCAAUAAAAUUCUGUUGAGCACUAGUCAGUAACUACCAAAUAAUGUCAUUGUGUAUAUUAUACUGGAUUCCAUUAUUUUGAAUUUGUUUUAUGUAUUGGAAAAACACUGAUGGAACCUAGUAAAGUGACAAGUAAAACCAGCAGUUUGAAAGCUCUUUUAUUGAGAGCAUGGAGGGAGCGAUGGUCAGACCUGCAAUGGGGUAUUCAUAUCAAAACGAUAUUACCAAGAGGAGUCAGUGGGGACGUUUACAACCUUGCAGAUUGCAUUCUUCAACAAGCUCUUGUAGGCCCUGGUCCGAAUCUGCUAGUCCUAUCAUAUCUCAAACAUUCGUUAAGCUCUCAGUUGGUAUCCUAUGCUGCAGUUCUACAACGAAUCAGCAAGUAUGAUGGGUUCCACAAGCCUCAUUGCAUCAUCAGUUUGUUGGAGUUUCUGGAGAACAUUUUACCCGGCAUCACUUGUCGCUUCAAACCGGAGGAAGAAAUGAUAGCUGGGUCAGUGUUAUCUCUGGCUCACUGGCUGCUGCAGUGCUACUAUCACACUUUGCAAUCUAACAAUACGGAGAUCUCACCAGAAAUGCUCAUGAAACCUGCAAACAUAUUAGAUCACAUGCUGAAACGUGACUUCACUGUUGCCAUGCUGUAUCUGGCAAAACAUGAACAUAAAGAUUUGUACAUAGAAGUUGUGAAUAAAUGUCAGAUAUUAGAAGCGGCAAUUAACCAAUCACCUGCCUUGUCUGCCACAGCACCGAUAAAAAAUGUAUUACUUAAACUAUGCAGCCUGGAGUUGACUGGAACAGGACUAGAGGUGGACAAGGGGGUAGAACCACUAACCUACUGUCUGCAGUCAGUGCUAGCGAUCCAGGUAUUGCUUAAUCCCAGUUGUGACUCGCAGGUGCUCGUCAAUCAGCUUUUAAUGAUUCAAAGGAUCAAGGGUUAUGGCAACGUGAGAUUGUACAGUGAAUUGAUCCGAGCCUGCUUUAUGAUCCUCCAUGAUGUCCUGGACACCAGCAAAGAGUCUCAGUGGGGGGCCUUCACUUUUCUCAAAGUUCCGCACAUCAUACACCAAUUACACCAUUCCAGCUUGCCCAGAGGUGUGAAGACAGAAGAUUUCAGUCAAGAUGUGGUGGACAGCCUGGACUUUGUGUUACAGUUCACUCCUCUACUCGAUACCAUGGAUGCACGCUGUUCCUGCAACAACUUGGAAUGUUUUCUGAGAGAACUGCUCAAGCUCAACUUGGUUUCAGAAAUGCAUGUUAACCACUACACUGCUAAACGAGAGGCUGCAAUAGCGGAACUUCAUAAGAUGGAUGCAGCAUCCUCUGGUAUGCCAAUUACCAAGGUCAUUAUCAGGGCUGAGCCAACACUGUCUCGAGUUCUACAGUCAUUGGAUGCUGAGUUUCCUAAGGAGUCUCUUUUGGGCAUGUUGUGUCAAGUGUUCACCGGCAAAAGUUUCGAGCUGAUUCUAGCUGUGGCAACAGUGGAGGGCAAACUGUGCACCUUGGUCUCUAAGUUGAUCAAUCUCAAUGAGUGUUGCAAGCAAGGCAUCGAUGAGUCAAACAAGACUUUGGCAAUGCUCUUCGACAUCACUUUCCUCAUGCUGUGUUACAUCACCCAGACAUUUGGAUCAGAGGUUGUUCUGAGCGAUGAUGGUAAAGGAGAUUCGUUCAUGAAGCAGUGGGUGCGUGAGUGUCUAGUGGAGAGGGGAAAGCCCAAGUCUCCCGACAACAUGCUGCAACACUGUGACCCUAACCUGGUCGAAGCUUUGCUCACCCAGUUUAACUCAACAGACUCUGAUUUUAAAAUGAAUGGAAUGACAUGGCACGAGGUGUGUUUCAACAUGCCAGGAGCUAUCCGAGAGGUGCUAGUGGCGUGGGAGCAAGAGGCUCUGUCUGUGACUGAUGUCAAGAGGAUACUGGAUGCGAUGCAAGCCCCCAUGUGUUGUCUACCUGUCUGUGCAGCCACUUGGCUCUGUAGCUAUAUGCAGGUCUCACCACAAGAUGCAUUACUAAAGCCGAUGAACAUGGUGCAACAAUUCCUCAAAGUGCUCAUGAGUGAAGAACUUGGAAAACAAAACAAUUACAAUGAAAGAGCAGCAUUAAUGGUGCAGAUCAUCAGGAAAAUGCAGUUUGAUGUCCACACUCCCACACUGUCCAAGGUGAAGGCUAUGGGACUGUCACACAGCAUUAUAUCCAAGCAGCCUGUGAGUGAACAACUUGAAAGUGUUUGGACUUCAUUGUUGAAACAAGGGUGGAUCGGAAUAGAAGCUACACACUCGCUUGAAAGUCUUCUAAAUACAGGUGGAGCGCAAUGGUUCGUCACUAACUUAGUUAAGGAGCUGGUGAAGCUGCGAUAUCGAGAUGACCUUGACCGUGCUGUAGAUCUGCUCAUGGGCGUAUUCCACUUGGAUAUUGAGAACUGUACACUGUGUCUGCUGCAACAAGUGCUGCCUCAAUAUCUGCACAACAAGCUCCAGAGUGAAGACCUGAUAGAACCGCAAUCUUCAGCCCUGGCCAAGUUGUGUGCUUACUGCAUAUUUGCCACUUCUAUCUCAAGUGGAUCUUCAAACUCAAAAUCUUUGAAACGUUCACGACACCAAAUGGAAGCUGAGGACCUAGAAGAGUUGUGUCCAGCAAGUAAAAUUCUGAGAUUGGACUCAUCCUCGUCUCCAGAAGCAGCUCUGAUGUUCCUGACGUCAGGGAACAAGGAAUCGUCAUCACCACCUCUCCAGGAGCCACUAUCAUCUGCACUCAAGGAGGUGUUCAAGGCUUUAUCGGUGAUUGCUGAGCGCACAGCCCAUGUCUCACAGCAAACUCACUUUGUGUUCCGUCUCCUAGAGUAUAUUGUGCGCUGCGGCAAAGACCGGGCCAGGCCUGUACUGCAAGGCAUGCCCAACACAUUGGUUCCAUGCUUGGUUCGAGCUCUUCCAGAUCUCUUUACAACUGAUCUCAUCCUUCGUUUGUACGACAUUAGUACAAAGAAUGGGCGAUUUGCAACUGCAAGAGAUUUAUGUCUUUUACGUAACAUGAAAAUGAGGAAUUCGACUUAAAUCAACAGUUUUGUAUUUAACUGUAUAAUAAAUAUAGUAUUUAUUUUUAUA